GCAAAGUACACCAUUGGCAUUUGAGAUAAAUUUUCAUAAGAAUAUAAUAUGGCCAAGUUUUUAAACUCUGUUCUUUGUUUCCUUCUCAUUAUUGCAGUUGCAUUGGGAAUUACUCAAGUGAAUGCACAAAAGAGAUGUAGUGAAAUUCUGAAUCCAACAGGAUGUGUCCUUUACGACUGUAAAAAGGAAUGCUUUGAGAAACACAAUGGAAAUGGACUUUGCUCAAGUGGUGGUGCUAUUGGCCAAUACGUUUGUACCUGCGUUUAUAAUUGUAGUCUUGAUGAUGAUCACUCUAGUUAAUUAAUUAAAUUCCCUUGAUUAAUUUUGAUGUAAUUUUGGUUCAGAUACACCCAUGAUUUCGAAUAAACAUCAAUUUUGAACGUUGUUUUCUAUUUAUUGGAAUAAUUUGUC